GUUGGAGUCAUUUUGCUCAGUUUACUAUAUCGGUGGUGAAUAAAGAUCCAAAGAAAUCAAAGCAUUUAGAUACGUUAUACGUAUUUUGCAAGAAACCGCAGGAUUGGGGAUUGAAAAAGAAUAUGGAGUUACCUAAGUUACAUGACGGUCUUAUAGAUGAGUACGACUCUCUUACAAUAAUGGCUCAAGUCCAGGUCAUUAGGUAA